GACAUAAAUAACUCUGUAUCCAAGAUCCCAAACAAGUUAAAAAAGACAAGGCAAGUAGUCUACUCCCUCGUUGCAUUGGCCACGUGCAACGCGUGUCUAUUGAUUGAAUAGCUGUAUUUUCCUGAACAAUUGUGAAGCCAAAUGCUACAUAUACAGAACAAGCACCUAUCCGUUCAUCAACAACAACUACAGUUUCUGUCUGUUAUCUGAGUUGAAGAAAUAUCACAAUAUCAAUGGCCGUGGUGGUUGCUUCUGCUCCUGGGAAGGUGUUAAUGACCGGUGGCUACCUAGUUUUAGAGAGACCUAAUGCUGGACUUGUUCUUAGUACUAAUGCUCGUUUUUAUGCUAUUGUCAAACCAAUCUAUCCUCAAACUAAACCUGAUUCUUGGGCUUGGGCUUGGUCAGAUGUCAGAUUAACAUCUCCUCAACUCUCCAGAGAAGCCUUCUAUAAAUUAGCACUCAAAAAUCUUACCAUCCAAACUGUUUCCUCAAGUGAAACAAGGAACCCUUUUGUGGAAUAUGCUGUGCAAUACUCCGUGGCUGCCGCCUAUGCAACAGCUGACCAGAAUAAAAAGGACUUGUUGCACAAACUACUUUUGCAAGGUCUUGACAUUACAAUUUUGGGUUCCAAUGAUUUUUAUUCUUAUAGGAAUGAGAUUGAGAGACACGGACUCCCUUUGACAUCAGAAUCAUUGGCCACCCUUCCGCCUUUUGCCUCCAUUUCUUUCAAUACUGAUGAUGCUAAUGGAGGGAAUUGUAAGCCUGAAGUUGCCAAAACUGGUUUGGGCUCAUCUGCAGCAAUGACAACCGCUGUAGUUGCUGCUUUACUUCAUUACCUCGGUGUCGUAAAGAUUUCCUCUUCAAAAGAUCGUCAGGAGAGGAAGGAUAUUGCAGAUCUUGAUAUGGUUCAUAAAAUAGCACAAACUGCACACUGUAUUGCACAAGGGAAAGUGGGUAGUGGGUUUGAUGUAAGUUCAGCUGUGUAUGGCAGUCACCGCUAUGUGCGAUUUUCGCCCGAAGUGAUUUCUUCCACUCAGGUUGCAGCUACGGUAGUACCCUUGCCAGAAGUAAUCAGUGACAUUCUAAAAGGAAAUUGGGACCAUGACAGGACUGAGUUCUCUUUACCACCUUUGAUGACUCUUGUACUGGGAGAACCUGGAACUGGUGGAUCAUCCACACCAUCAAUGGUUGGUUCUGUCAAAAAAUGGCAAAAGUCUGACCCUCAGAAAUCUCUGGAAACAUGGAGAAGGUUGUCUGAGGCAAAUUCAGCAUUGGAAAUACAACUGAACUUGUUAAGAAAAUUAGCAAAAGAACAAUGGGAUGCGUAUAAAUCUGUGAUUGAUAACUGCAGCAUCCUCAGAUCAGACAAGUGGAUAGAACAAGCUUCUGACUCUAACAAGGAAGCAGUUAUUAAAGCACUGCUCGGCUCCAAAGAGGCAAUGGUGGGGAUCAGAUAUCAUAUGCGCCUAAUGGGUGAGGCUGCAGGUGUUCCGAUUGAACCAGAAUCACAAACACAUCUUCUAGAUGCUACAAUGAACUUGGAAGGAGUAUUGUUAGCUGGAGUUCCAGGAGCAGGAGGAUAUGAUGCAGUCUUCGCUGUUACUUUGGGAGAUUCGAACAGCAACGUGACGAAAACAUGGAGUUCACUUAAUGUUCUUGCCAUGCUAGUUAAAGAAGAUCCUUGUGGAGUUUCAUUAGAAAGUGCUGACCCAAGAACCAAUGAAAUCACAUCAGCUGUGUCUUCUAUUCAUAUAGAUUAAGUUUAUUUUCAUCAAAGAAAUAAGUCACCACGAAAAUAUUAUGUGGAAUGUAGCUUUUAGACUAGGCAUUUGUUUCUUUCCGAUUUUAGGGGGAAAAAUGAGUGGGUUUUUUGUGUUGGUUUUUCGUAUUCUCCUCCAAUAGUGUUUGGGUUUACAAUUGAGCAGAAAAUUCUUUGAAUAGUGAAGUGCAUCAUCAAAAUUUCAAAUGUGUUGUUCCAAGAUAUUCCUUGCCUUCAUCUAUCCACUUUUUUUGUGA